GUACUUCUGGAGGUAGAGUUGGUGUAUGCAGAAUAUCUUUGUGGAAACAGCUAAACGGACACUGCCUUCACAAAGGAAUAUAUUUGGUUUAAUUUCUGACUUCUGAAAGGAACUUGUUUGUCACUUCCAUCAAACCAGCCGCGUUGGUGGUGUAUUUUUUUUUUUUGCUUGCCUUCCUGUUCAGCUUUUUUUUUUUUUAAAGGCAAUAAUGAAUCAAACGGACAAAAAUCAACAGGAAGUCCCAUCCUAUCUCCAUGAUGAACCACCAGAAGGUUCAUUAAAAGACCACCCACAGCAGCAGCCUGGCAUGCUUUCUCGGGUGACUGGUGGCCUCUUCAGCGUAACAAAAGGAGCUGUUGGUGCCACGAUUGGGGGUGUCGCUUGGAUUGGAGGGAAGAGCUUGGAAAUUACCAAAACAGCGGUCACAUCUGUGCCUUCAGUGGGAGUGGGGCUAGUCAAAGGAGGUGUUUCUGCUGUGGCUGGAGGUGUUACAGCUGUAGGAUCUGCUGUUGCAAGUAAAGUGCCUUUAACAGGGAAGAAAAAGGAUAAGUCUGACUAAAAACAAAACUGAGACCUACUUGAUUCUUCAGAAUGUUACAUCAGUGGCGUUAAAAUCUGCUAAGAUUUGGACCACGAGAAGCCAUAUGUCUUAGACAAAAGAGCUGUGCAAGUAACUCAAUUUCAUCUGAAAAGGACAGACAAAGCUUGGCUAGCACGGUGUAUGAAGAUUUAUUAGAAGCUAGAUUCAAGCUUUAUAUCUGGUGAGAUGUUACACUUGAUAACUAUAGAAGCGAGUACGUGUAUCUGAAGGGAUAAUACAUAUUUGAAUAUUCACUUACUGUAAGUCUCUUGCAGUUUUGGACUAAAAUGUGAGCAUAGAAAUUUAAUUUGGUAAUCUCUGCAGUACCGUAAAUAUGAGAUGCCGAUUACUGUUCUCAGUGGUUUCCACAUCUUCCUGCUAAGGAUCCUUGAGCUGUGUAAUGGCAUCGUUGGAUGUGCCUCAGUGGUUUCACUUAUGAAACUGUAUUUGCAGGCAGCCUGUAAACUAUCCGUGAGUGCUUUCUGCCAGUGUGGACUGGAAACAAACAGAACUGGAGGGAUGCAGAAAUUGGAAACGGGAGUGGGAGAUAGGAGGUGAGAAAGUUUGACAGCACACAGUAGAAGGGAUCAUAAAGAGUAAACUAAUUUAAUUGUUAAUGCCUUAUUGGAAAAAAAAUCUUCUUAUUAAGUGAAGCUUGUGUAAAGAACUGUCUUAUCAUUUCAGUGCAGUUCACAGAACAAGCUUUAGACUCUCUUUAUGACUCCUGAUAUCUGAAACUUAAUCAGCUUUUUCUGCAAACAAGAUUGCUAAAUCUCAGGUGUACUUAACGAUAUGCAUCUAUCUCCUGCAAGUGAAAACUUGCUGCUUCUAAUAAACUUCUUACAGACACUAGACAAAAAAUGAUGGCUUAAUUGAAACUGGGCUGAUGUUUGUGGUCACCUAGCACUAUACUAUGACAACUGUGUAACUUGAAAGAAAAUCCUUUGUGUAGUUGGAAACCACUGAAGAACUAGCAAAGCUGUUGUCUUAACUUCAUGAUGUGUCAGGUUAGCUUCUUGCUCUGGCUAGAAGCUUCUUGUUUCUAGCUUCUCAUUUAAACAAAUGCAACCAACUUUUCACUACGUCUAUAUUUCAUACUUUACAGUUACUCAAAAUCAAAAUGCAACACUUUCAUUUGCCUUUUUUUUUUUUUUUAAAUCUAAAUAAGGCCUUAAAGGAGAGUAAGAAUGAGAAACAUCGUCCAAGUAAUACUGACAGAUUCCAAACUUUGAUAUACCUCAUCUGGGAGCAUUUCUAGGCCCUCUGCUGAGUGGAGCAAAACACACUUGUAAGACACAGCUCAAAGUUGCCUUAAAAUAGAAGCUGUCUGUGAUCUUUGUGCUGACUUUGCAAAUAAGUAACUUGUUUGGAAGCCCGUAAAAGAUGACUGAAGAUUCAUGUGAACGUUGUAUGCAGUAUUUUCUAAAAACUUGUGUUCCUACAGAAAAUUUUUAAGCAUGUAAGCUUGCUUUUUCAGUGGCUACGGUUGUACAAGAAGGAUACAUACGGAUGUUUUGGGGUUUUUUUGUUUUUGUUUUUUUAGAAAUUAAAGAAAUCAAAAUAUAUUACUUGUCUAAUACUCCUAUUCAUGGCUGGAUGUUGAAAGCAAACUAUGUGUAACUUACGGUACAGUAGUCACUUAGUCUUUCUGUCUUUCUGAGCCAUUGGUACUUUAACUGCAGUGUGGAACAACUUUCUUUAUUUGAUAUUAGUAAUUGUUUAUGUUUAACACAGUAUUUCUAAGCAUGGUGAGUUGGUGGUGGGGAGAAAAGACCAAAAAAACCAACAAAUGGAAUUGUCUGUUCCUUUGUUGGUUGCACCAGAUGCUUAGCUCCAUUCUGCUGAAAGUGUAUAAUGGGGUAAAAAAGUCUAUGCAAUACAUGCAGACUUACUGUUUUUACUGUUAAAGGCUAAUAAUAUAAAAUAUAGUGUAGCUUAGAGGUAUCAGUUAGCUAUAGUAAUGAGCUGCUUUGACACCAGAAACAGUUUAGCUGCAGCAAAUAAUUUAGUAUGCUCUGCUCCCCUGCAGUUCUCAAUGUAGAUGUAUGCACGGAGCACAACGGCUGUACUACAAAGUCAGCUAUUUCAGAGCAUAGGGAUGUUUGUGACAUUCAGCCAAACCCUUCCUAAUCACUUUUUGAAAACUUAACUGUUGAACGGAUCAAACCUCUUUUUUAUGACAUUCUCUAAUUUUUAUACUAUGAAGCUUACAGCAAAACAAGUGUGGUCUGUGAUACAUAAUGUUAGAACUGUAAAAAGCUACCAACGUUUCAUUAUGUUUUGUUCUUAACGUACCCUGUAGUUGUUACCUCUGAAUCUUGUAACUGAAAUGCUUUAACAUGGCAUAUGGUUUUAGUUUUAGAGAAGAGCUUUGUCCUAUAUUCUGCAUAUUUUCCAUUCACAUAUGAAACUCACUACUUUUUGUGUUCUGAUUCUGUCCUGACACUUGUGAAACAUUAAAUUGUUGCUAUUUCAGA